AUGGCCGUCCAGGCGAUCACAGCCGAUGCCUGGAGAUUGGUGAAUUCAUGUGACUUUGUCAAAUAUGGGAAAAGCAACGGGACUGGGCCACAUUUCCCAAGUUCUGCUUCCAAUUUGAGACCAGGCAGUGUUCCGAGAACUGUGCAAGACUGUAGUGAUUAUUCGGAUACCGAAAGAGAUAUUUCUUCUACUUCUUACCCUUCUGUCAAACCUAGACAGACAGGGCCAAAGCCAUUCUUCAGACGCUUUUCUUUGAAAGGUUUUCGGAAAGGAAAAGGAUUGUUCCACAAGCAACAUUCAGAUGAAGUUGAACUCCUCAGGCCUCAGCAGUCGCUAAAUCCUUUGUUUGAAGGUACGGUCAACUACUUGACCAGUGAAAGCCUUGAUGGUACUCCGAAAUGGGAACGUUGCCGUCUUUGCUUGGUGAAAACCGUUGGUGCUUAUAUGUUGGAGUUUUUCUCUCCACCUAAAGCCAGUCAACCAAAAUGUGGAGUAUUCUGUUUCUUGAUAACUGAGGCAAGAGAAACAACAGCGCUUGAAAUGCCGGAUAAGGAAAACACUUAUGUUCUAAAGGCUGCCAAUAAUCCGAGUCAUCAACCGAAGGCACAGUGCACCGAGGGAGAAAUCGAGUCAAACGGCAAUCCAAAUGAAAAUUCAUCGGUGUCCGUCAGUGCAAUUCAAACCACCGAUUUUUAUUGGUCAACGAACCCCAUCUCUGGAGGAUCUCGUUCGCUGCUUCCCGUUUCACCCAGUCUUGAGGAUCUUGAUUUAGGCACUAGUCGACUUGAUCAGGAACACGAUUACGUUCUAGAUUUGUAUGGUACAUUGAGACACUACCCUUGGUUCCACGGGACGUUGAGUCGGUCAGAUGCGGCCGGGCUAGUUCUUCAAGAAGGAGCGGUAGGACAUGGGGUUUUCCUUGUCCGCCAAAGUGAAACCCGUAAAGGCGAAUUCGUUUUAACUUUCAAUUUCCAAGGCCGUGCUAAACAUCUACGUCUUACUAUUAGUAGUGAGGGGCAAUGUCGAGUACAACACCUUUGGUUUCAAUCCGUUUUCGACAUGCUGGAACACUUUCGUUCGCACCCGAUCCCUCUGGAAUCGGGAGGCCUAUCUGAUGUUACGCUGACGCAGUAUGUUGUAGCGGAAUCAGCCUUUCAGGUGAUUUACUUUUUCUAUCUAUCACUGUCAAUGAUUGCCAUCUUCAAGCUGUUUAAAUAGGCAAUGACUGUA